GUUAUCAUCAGUAUCGUGGUAACGAACAUGUCAACAUAUCAAAAAUGUACGUUACAGAUUUUAUUGAUUCCAAAAUAAAAGAGCGGAGAGUGCUGCUGAUAUCUAAACAAAACUCUCCAGAUUGUCAAACUAUUGAGGGAAUUUUGAGAACAUACAAUCUGAAUAACGAACAAGAUCACAAUUUUGAAGUACUGUGCAUAGAUUGCAGGAAGGAUUGUACGACGUUAGAAACAUAUUUAUGGCAUAAGCUAAUCUACCGAAACAGACAGGUACCACAUUUAUUUCUGGAUGGCAAGCACAUAGGAGGAGAAGCAGAAAUUAAGCGUUUACAUGAAAGCGGUGAAAUGAAACGAAUAUUUAAGGAAGCAGGUCUUUGAAAACCCCUUAUACUCAAAGUAACAAACUAAAGAAUGUAGAAAGGAACUUAUUAUUACUAAACACGUCAUCCAAUAGAAGAUUCCUAUAAAAUAUAUACCAUAUUGAAAUUAAAGUAACGCUUUAUUGAUCUCACGAAUCCACCCAAGAAGUAAAUAAUUACUCUCGUUUCAAACUUAAUAUACGACAAUAAAUUAGACAGGAAGUAGCAGCAAAACAAAUCAAGUUACAAUACUACAAAAAGCCAUCCCGUGGCAAAGUCGAACAUAAAAUUCCCAAGAAAUAUCACACAAUAAUAACUGCACGUUCCAUUAAAGAAAGUUCGAGUCCAGACCAUUGUGUUGUUAUUAACUGGUGUUAGUAAAUGCUGAGUUUGUCUCAUUUUGCUUGUCCCAAUUACAACCAAAACAAUUCAGCAGAACAAUUUCGUUGAGUUCUAUAUUAGAUACUAACGCUUACUAAACAAAC